UCUCUUUGAUCCGGAUCGGAGACAAGAUGUCUCACCGCAAGUUUUCAGCUCCACGCCAUGGUUCCCUGGGGUUCUUGCCUCGCAAAAGGUGCCGGCGCCAUCGUGGGAAGGUCAAGAGCUUCCCCAAAGAUGACCCCAGCAAACCUGUUCAUCUGACAGCCUUCCUGGGCUACAAGGCUGGCAUGACUCAUAUUGUUCGUGAAGUUGACCGACCAGGCUCAAAGGUGAACAAGAAAGAAGUGGUUGAAGCUGUGACCGUUGUGGAGACACCGCCCAUGAUGGUGGUUGGAGUGGUGGGUUACGUCAGCACCCCCAGUGGACUCCGUUCCUUCAAGACCAUUUUUGCUGAGCAUAUCAGCGACGAGUGCAAGCGCCGAUUCUACAGGAACUGGCACAAGUCUAAGAAGAAGGCUUUCACCAAAUACUGCAAGAAAUGGCAGGAUGAUGAUGGAAAGAAGCAGCUGGAGAAGGACUUUGCAGCCAUGAAGAAGUACUGUGAGGUCAUUCGUGUCAUCGCUCACACACAGAUGCGCCUGCUCCCCCUGAGGCAGAAGAAGGCUCACCUCAUGGAGGUACAACUUAAUGGUGGGACCAUUGCUGACAAAGUGGACUGGGCCCGUGAGAAGCUGGAGCAGGCUGUACCUGUCAACACAGUGUUCACUCAGGAUGAGAUGAUUGAUGUCAUUGGUGUCACCAAGGGUCAUGGAUACAAGGGUGUCACCAGCCGUUGGCACACAAAGAAGCUUCCUCGUAAAACUCACAGAGGUUUGCGCAAAGUGGCCUGUAUUGGCGCUUGGCAUCCUGCUCGUGUGGCGUUCUCCGUGGCCCGUGCUGGUCAGAAGGGUUACCAUCAUCGAACGGAGAUCAACAAGAAGAUCUACAAGAUUGGCCAGGGCUUCCACACCAAGGACGGGAAGCUGGUGAAGAACAACGCUUCCACGGACUAUGAUAUUUCCAACAAGAGCAUCAACCCCCUGGGUGGAUUUGUGCACUAUGGAGAGGUGACCAGUGACUUUGUCAUGGUCAAGGGUUGUGUGGUAGGGACCAAGAAGAGGGUGCUGACUCUGCGGAAGUCUCUGUUGGUGCAGACUAGUCGCCGUGCUUUGGAGAAGAUUGACCUCAAAUUCAUUGAUACCACAUCCAAGUUUGGUCAUGGCCGUUUUCAGACUGUGGAAGAAAAGAAGGCUUUCAUGGGACCACUCAAGAAGGACCGCAUUGCCAAGGAAGAGACUGCCUAAAGUCCAUGUUCACAAAUUCAAUUUGUGCUGCUGCAGAACUGUUGCUGCUGUACUGCAGUUCCUAAAUAAAAUGUAAAAAAAUCAA